UAAUACUAAAACUCUCAUAAAAACCCAUUUUCUUUGUUUUUCUCUUUCUUUUAUUUGUUUGAUCCUUCUUGUUGGUCGCUUUGGUCGUCGUUUUUUACGUUUACACACACACACGCACAGAGCGAGAGAGCUAGAGAGAGAGAGAGAGAGAGAAAGAGAGAGAGAGAGAGGGAGAGGGCUGUGGUGAAAUCUUGGCCGUUGAUUUGCAUGUGGUAACCAUCCGAUUCGAUUAGAAUCGGAAUCGCACGGCCGAGCGCUUUCGAUCGAGUUUUAGGGUUUUGCUAAGGGGGUUUUGAGUUUGGGAUUUCGAAUGUUGAAGAAAUAAGAGACUUAAAGGUUCUGCUGCCUGGGCGGGAAAAUGUUGGAAGCUAGUCCAAAAUUCACUGGAAUUAUAGGCCUGAACAACCAGGACAACAACUAUUAUGAUUUGUCACAAGGAUUUUACCAUAAACUCGGAGAGGGUACCAACAUGUCCAUUGACAGUUUUGGAAGCCUGCAAACAAGCAAUGGUGGAGGUUCUGUUGCAAUGUCUAUGGAUAACAGCAGCGUUGGUUCAAAUGACUCCCACACUCGCAUUUUGAACCACCAAGGGUUGCGGAGGCGUGCUACUGACAACCACUCUGUUGCACUGAGUGUCAAUCGUCGAGGAAGAGUCACACAUGCUCUGAGUGAUGAUGCACUGGCCCAAGCUUUAAUGGAUAGCAAUUCCCCCACUUUGGGGCCUGAGAACUUUGAUGAGUGGACAAUUGAUUUGAGGAAGCUUAAUAUGGGGGCAGCUUUUGCUCAAGGGGCUUUUGGGAAACUUUACAGAGGUACUUAUAAUGGGGAGGAUGUUGCUAUCAAGAUCUUGGAAAGGCCAGAAAAUGAUCUGGAAAAGGCUCAGUUAAUGGAGCAACAGUUUCAGCAGGAAGUUAUGAUGUUGGCCAGAUUGAAGCAUCCCAAUAUAGUUCGGUUCAUUGGUGCCUGUCGGAAACCAAUGGUAUGGUGCAUUGUAACAGAGUAUGCAAAGGGGGGUUCUGUUCGGCAGUUUUUGAUGAAGCGGCAGAAUCGGGCUGUUCCAUUGAAACUGGCAGUCAAACAGGCCUUGGAUGUUGCAAGGGGUAUGGCAUAUGUGCAUGAGUUUGGAUUGAUUCACAGAGACUUGAAAUCCGACAAUCUUUUGAUUAAUGCGGACAAGUCCAUAAAGGUAGCAGAUUUUGGAGUUGCCCGCAUUGAAGUGAAGACUGAGGGAAUGACACCAGAGACAGGGACAUAUCGCUGGAUGGCUCCGGAGAUGAUCCAGCAUAGGCCUUACACACAGAAAGUAGAUGUCUAUAGUUUCGGAAUUGUUCUUUGGGAGCUCAUUACAGGAUUGCUUCCGUUUCCAAACAUGACGGCAGUGCAGGCAGCUUUUGCAGUUGUCAACAAAGGUGUCCGUCCAAUCAUUCCCAAUGAUUGCUUACCCACUCUCAGUGAGAUCAUGACCAGGUGCUGGGAUGCCAACCCCGAUGUCAGACCCCCCUUCACUGAAGUUGUCAGAAUGCUUGAGAAUGCAGAGGUUGAGAUCUUGACAACGGUUCGCAAGGCGCGUUUUAGGUGUUGUAUGGCCCAACCAAUGACUCUGGAUUGAUCCCAAGAAGAUAUUGGACAAGAAUACAGCUGUAAGAAAAACAACAGGAGAAGAAAUGGGCAGGAGAAACAUAUUGUACCCUCUAAUUAUCAAGUUUAAGAACUGUUAUUACAACUAGAACUGCUGGUUUUGGGGUUUCUAUUUUAAUGGAUUCUGUUGCUGAAUUAGUAAUAGACGAGAAUUGAUGGAUAUGUAUACAUGCCCUCUUAUUGCGGAGUGUUGUGUUGA